AUAUAUAUAUAUAUAUAUAUAUAUAUAUAUAUUAUCUAUAUUAUGUAACAAUCAUCAUGCAUCCCGACCAAGGUAAAUGGGCGAUUUGGCAGGGAUCCUCAUGUUCCCUCUUAUCAUUACAUAUACUCUGACUUAUCUGCACGCCGAUUAUUCUUUAAAAUAACCCUCACUCAUAACCUCCAUCAAUUAUCAUCAUCCCAGCUGAACAGAUCAAUACAGGUGCAGAAAAUGGCCGCCGACGCCGGUACCCGAUACUUGUCAUCUUACUCCGACCGAUUACCAGAACUAAAGGCCUUCGACGAUACGAAAGCCGGGGUAAAGGGCCUCGUCGACGCCGGCAUCACCAAAAUCCCGCGAAUCUUCGUCCGCCCCGACGAGCUCGCCGGCAAAGAGCUCAACUCCGAUAACAUCGCCGGCCUCACGAUUCCAGUGAUAAACCUCGGAGAAAUUACCUGUGAGCGGCGGGCGGAAGUAGUGGAAGAGGUGCGGCGAGCGGCCAAGAGCUGGGGGUUUUUCCAGGUGGCGAACCACGGGAUACCCACGACCGUACUGGAAGAGAUGCUGGAAAGGGUGCGCGAGUUUCACCAUCAGCCGGCGGAGGUGAAGGCGGAGUACUACUCGCGGGAUCGGAUGAGGCGAGUGAGAUUUGCUAGCAACUUCGACUUGUACUCGUCGCGAUUUGCGAAUUGGAGGGAUACUUUUGGUUGUGUUAUGGGUCCCGACCCGCUUGAUCCACGCGAGGUGCCUGUAGUCUGCAGAGAUGUAAUAAUGGAGUAUUCAAAGCGAGUGAGGAGAUUGGGAAAUACUGUAGUUGAGCUAUUAUCAGAGGCGCUUGGGCUCAAACCUCACCACCUUGAAGACAUGGGCUGCACAGAGGGACAAAUGAUUCUGAGUCACUAUUAUCCGGCUUGUCCCGAGCCUGAACUCACCAUGGGUACGAGCGAACAUUCUGAUCCUACUUUCCUCACCAUCUUACUUCAAGAUCAAAAUGGUGGACUCCAAAUUUUUCAUGAAAACCAGUGGGUCAAUGUUUCACCCAUACCUGGAGCUCUUCUCAUCAACAUUGGAGAUCUUUUGCAGCUAGUAUCUAAUGACAAUUUUCAAAGCGCAAAGCAUCGUGUCCUAGCAAACCGUGUAGGCCCGAGGAUCUCUGUUGCAUGUUUCUUUAGUCCACAUUUCUACACAUCAACGAGGGUUUACAGUCCAAUUAAGGACUUAUUGUCACAAGAUAACCCCCCUUUAUAUAGGGAAACCUCCAUGAAAGACUUCGUAGCAUACUACGAAUCAAAAGGCCUUGAUAAGAAGCGAUCAAUAGCACAUUUCAAGUUGUGAAUAAUCCAAUAUAUGUAUAUUUCUGUGGAGUGGAAGUCGGGUGAUGGAAUGCAAUAAGUAAAAAUCAGUAUACAUAUGGCUGAUUUCUUUCAUAUUUUAUCUGCUUUCUCUGCUGUGCUUAAGAACUGGCUUUAGUGUAUCCUCAAGCUACUGGCUUGAGUCAACUUGCUUUAGUUUUAAUAAAAUUCGUUCAACUUUAUCGUUUAAAAAAAA